AUGGGUACUGGUUGGGAGUUGACAAAAGCUUUAAAGGAGAAAAUAUUUCAGUAUGCCAUCUACAACCAAACACCUAUAUCGUUACGACAAAUGGUGCAAUUUGGACCCACUCCUUCUCCAGGAUCCAUCUUUCUUGCUUCAAAAUUCAUUGUUGAAGAGUUGCCUAUAAGAUUGGCUAAAAAGGUGAAGGAUUUAGAGUAUGCGCCCUUGGGAUUGAAUGAAAGCCCUUCCACUAUAAAAGUCAAAGAUUGGUAUGCUCAAUCAUUUCAAGAACUAACUGAAUUACCAAAACCCAAAAUCGAUGAGAACUUGAAAAAAUUGUUGUAUAGUAACAAUGGCAACAAUAAUGGAUUCAAAGUUGAUGAUCUUGAUGACCAACCAAAUAUUCAAGAAGAAAUCCACAAAAUUUCUGAGAUACAAGAGGAUAACCCAGCUAUAAACAAUGUGUUUAGUGAUGAUGGUAUAGUAGUUCGACAUCACCAUCACCACCACCAAAACCCAGAGCAGACCAAGCUGACCACAAUGGCUCCAACGAGGAUACCGUCAAAGGGUCAAGAAAGUACCACCAUACGGAGUGAGUCACCCACUUUUGGUAUGACCUAUUUCCUGCCAUGUCCAACAAACAUUGUAUGGCCCAAGGAGGUUUAUGCUUAUAACAAAUUAGUGUUUGACGCGUUGGAAAAGAUAAAGAAAAGACACGAUGCAACAGUUGCUACUAUGGCGCAGGGUGUGCAAGAAUGGAAAUCGAAAAAUAAAACCGUGUUUGUGAAUUCACAGAUUCAAACAUUUCUUGAUCGUUUUUACAUGUCACGUAUCGGAAUCCGUAUGUUGAUUGGCCAGCAUUUAGCAUUAAACAUGGCACAAAAUUCACCAACAAAGCAGCGUUUACUGAAGCUCAUCAAUGGCUCUGAAGGUUCAACUAAGAAGCCUGGUAGGUCGAAUUACGUCGGUGUCAUUUGCACUGAUUGUAAUGUUGGUGAAAUUGCUGAAGACGCAAUUGAAACUGCUAAAUAUAUUUGUGAGGAAUAUUAUGGAUUGUUCGAAGCCCCUGAGAUACAAUUGGUUGCACCACAACAGGAUAUCAAUUUCAUGUAUGUUCCCGGUCAUUUGAUUCACAUGUUGUUUGAAACUUUGAAAAACUCAUUGCGUGCAACUAUUGAAUUUCACACGCCAAAGUUGAAGCAAAAAUACGUUGAGGAACAUCCAGGAACAAAAUUGGACGAGGUUGACCUUAAUGACCUAGAGUAUCCGCCAAUCAAGGUGAUCAUUUCCGAAGGUACCGAAGAUAUUGCCAUCAAAAUCUCUGAUGAAGGGGGCGGAAUCCCUCGCUCGUCGUUGCCAUUGAUUUGGACGUACUUGUACACAACUAUGAAUGAAACUCCAACAUUGGAACCAGAGUACAAUCAGACAAGUUUCAAAGCACCAAUGGCUGGUUUCGGUUAUGGAUUACCCAUCAGUCGUUUGUAUGCGCAAUACUUUGGAGGUGACUUGAAAUUGAUUUCAAUGGAGGGAUACGGAACAGAUGUUUACUUGCACUUGAAUCGAUUGAGUAGUUCGAAUGAGCCUUUGCCAUGA